CACCUCUCUUCUGACUGUGCGUUUACACCGUUCGGGAGAUUUGUUUUUGUUUGUUUAUUUAUCUUUUUCACGAUUUUUUUUUUGUUCUGUGAUUCCGUAAUUUUCUACCGGGCCAAUUUUCCAAAAAACAACAUUUAGUGCUUACAUUUUUUUUUCUUGUAAUCGUGGGCAAAAAACACAAGUGAUACCCUGUGCAGUUUUCUAUUUGGAUUACCCUCCCUGGAUAUACCAUCUGGAAAUUUUUUUUCCUGUGGAUCCAAAAAUUUUGAAUCUAUAACAGCGAAGUCGAUGUGUUGGAGCAAGCGGAGAAUCAUUUUACCCAACAUAUCCAGGAGUUUAUGUAAAGGAAGCUAGGGUGGCGGUCGUGAAAAGUGCGGCUCAGGCCGCUACAAACAUGCCAUUUAUAGACGACGAUCUGCUCUGGUGUCCAGAUGCAGACAACAAGAUGGUCGACUUGUCGCAGUGCCUUGACACUGGUGGAGGGUUGGGCGAGUUGACGCAGACCGACCUAACAGGUCUUGUCGGCACAAUUGACGAGGAAGAAGACAUAUUCAAGUCGUUUGAGCUCGAACAGUUUUUCGAUUUCAACAAUGAAGAAAGAGAAGAGAAUAACAAUGUUGGAGCAACAAACAAAAACCAAACACUCGCCUUCCUGCAGGAACUGCAAAGAAACCAAGCCAAUGCCAGAAAGUUCAACAUUGCUGCAGCCAACCCUCUUCUUGCCGGACCGUACUUUAUAGAAAAAUUGGCAGCACCUGGUCCAGUAACAACUAGCACACCAACUGUUGGAAGCAGUGCCGAACCAUUUCUGAGGAUUAAGACGGAACCAGACACCAGACAAGGUACACUAAAUGGGUCAAAUCACUACAAAGCGGAAGGUAUGGGAAAUUGCAGAUUCAAAAUCCCCCAGAAGCCAGGAGAGAACCAUUUCGUCGGUGUUGACGGUCAGCAGAUGAGACGCCCAGUUGACACAGCUGUGGCCCCAACGGUCGGAGGUGUAGGCUACGUGAAAAGGGAGCCGCAGGACCACAAAGCACUUCUCCACGGCAUCCUGAGUCACCAGCCUCACGCAGCAGCUCUCCUCGCCUCCUACACCGCCUCAAACACAGGUUCUCUGCCACCCAGCCCCGCAGAUUCAGGAGUAUCGGACGUCGACAGUUCAAGCAGCGGUCACACGAGCAACGACGAGCUCAGGGCAAGGCUGCAACCACCACCCCACACAUAUUAUCAACACACUACAGCCACCUCGUGCAGAAGAUCGCCCGAAGCAGCUACGCCUUCAAUGGGAGGACUGUACCCGACAGCACAUUUCCUUUCGCCCUACUACCACCAGCCCCAGCCGUACCCCAACAGAACACUCACUGAUGGAUAUGGUGGAGCAGGAGGAGGUGGAGGAGGAGGAGGCGGAGGAGGAGGCGGCGGUGGUGGAGGAGGAGGAGCCGCCACAGGUUACAUGGGACCACCACAAAAUUAUUUUGCACCCCCACAAGCACCCUCACCGCCCAGGGCGUCCGUGAUACAAGCUGCCGCCUCCAGCUCACAUGACGACCUGUCCAUCUUUGACCUUGGUUUCCAGCACAGGAUGAAAAAGAAGGUCAAGAGGGCGAGGAGCGGAGAAUCGCCAACAGCGACAGGACCCAAGAGGAAAAGCCGAGAAGGUUCAACGACAUACCUAUGGGAAUUCCUUCUUAAGCUUCUACAAGACAGGGAUUACUGCCCAAGGUAUAUCAAGUGGACAAAUAGGGAGAAGGGUGUUUUCAAGCUUGUCGAUUCCAAAGCUGUUUCUAGGCUUUGGGGACUUCACAAAAACAAGCCAGAUAUGAACUACGAAACAAUGGGCCGGGCUCUCAGAUAUUACUACCAGAGAGGGAUCCUGGCCAAAGUCGAUGGACAAAGAUUGGUUUACCAAUUUGUCGAUGUACCGAAAGACAUCGUCGAGAUAGACUGUAGUGGGGCGUGACCAUCAGCAACAAAAUGAAAAGCUGAAUAAUAUAAUUAAAAAUCAAACCCAACCCCAAUGAAAUUAAUUACGUUACCAAACCUUCUUCUGUAUUUAAAUUUUCUCUCACUUUCUAUCUGGGUUGACCACAAUUUCAAAUGUUUUAAAGAGAAAAAAAAUCUUUAAAUUUCAAAAAAGUAAAUCACAUGUUAAUAAGCAAACUCACUAUUUUUAAAUAACAAAUAUAUAUAAAUAUAUAAGAGAAAUUAUUAUUAUUAAAGAAAAAAUUUAAUUAAAUUUGAAAAUUCUCUCUAUUUAUAAUUGUUCUUGUACAAAGUUUUAAAUGUUUUAUCAAUGUUUGCAUUCUGGUUGUUAGA